GCCGCAGGGCCGGCGGGCAGCGAGCGGCAGCCGGCGGCAUGAGGCGCGACCCGGCGCCCGGCUUCUCCAUGCUGCUCUUCGGCGUCUCCCUCGCCUGCUACUCGCCCAGCCUCAAGUCGGUGCAGGACCAGGCGUACACGGCGGCGGUGGUGCUGGAGGGCAAGGUGCAGUCCGUGGGCCCCCCCGCCGGCGGCAAUGACAGCCGCGGCGCCGGGCCCGCCGGGGGGGUCUUGGUCAAGGUGCUCGACCUGUGGCCCCUCAACAGCGGGGGGCUGCAGCGGGAGCAGCUCAUCAGCGUGGGCUCCAAGGCGCCCUGCUUCAAAGUGAAGCGCAACCACCGCUACAUCUUCUUCCUGGAGCCCACCGAGGAGCCGCUCGUCUUCCGCACCGCCUUCGCUCCGCUCGACACCAGCGGCAAGAACCUCAAGCGGGACGUGGCGCGGAUCCUCUGCGCCGACUGCGCUGUUCCUCCCAAACUGAAGAAACUGAAAAGCCCAAACGUUCAUGUGGGGGAGAAGAUUUCCCUGAAAUGUGAGGCGACUGCUGGAAACCCUCAGCCGUCCUACAAAUGGUUUAAAGAUGGGAAGGAGCUGAAGAAGAGCAAAGACAUCCGGAUCAAGUAUGGGAAUGGGAAAAAGAUUUCCAGACUGCAGUUCAACAAGGUGAAGCUUGAAGAUGCUGGGGAGUACAGCUGCGAAGCGGAGAACGUUUUAGGGAAAGACACCGCAAAAGGCAGCCUGAAUGUGAAAAGUGUAACCACAACUCUCUCCUCCUGGUCCGGGCAUGCCAGAAAAUGCAACGAAACAGCCAAGUCCUAUUGUGUCAAUGGAGGGGUGUGCUACUACAUCGAGGGGAUUAAUCAGCUGUCAUGCAAGUGUCCGAUCGAAUUCACAGGAGACCGGUGUCAGCAUUUCGCAAUGGUCAGCUUCUCCAAGCAUCUUGGAUUUGAAUUAAAGGAAGCAGAGGAGCUCUACCAGAAGAGGGUUUUAACCAUCACGGGAAUCUGUGUUGCCUUGCUUGUGGUGGGCAUCGUCUGUGUGGUAGCUUACUGUAAAACCAAGAAACAAAGAAAACAAAUGCAUAACCACUUGCGGCAGAACAUGUGUCCUGCUCAUCAAAACCGGAGCCUUGCUAAUGGGCCAAGCCAUCCACGUCUGGAUCCUGAGGAAAUCCAAAUGGCUGAUUAUAUUUCUAAGAAUGUUUCUGCCACCGAGCACGUGAUCCGAAGGGAAACAGAGACAACCUUUUCGGGAAGUCACUCCUGCUCCCCAUCCCAUCACUGCUCCACAGCCACUCCAACGUCCAGCCAGAGACAUGAAAGCCACACCUGGAGCUUGGAGCGAACAGAGAGCCUGACUUCAGAUUCCCAGUCUGGGAUAAUGCUGUCCUCGGUGGGAACCAGUAAAUGCAACAGCCCUGCGUGCGUGGAGGCGCGGGCGCGCCGCGGGGCCACCUUCUGCAUCGAGGACCAGCGGAGGCCCACGACGCAGUACCGCGACUCGGUGGAUUCCCUGCGGGACUCGCCCCACAGCGAGAGGUACGUGUCGGCCCUAACCACACCAGCACGGCUGUCGCCUGUUGACUUCCACUACUCGAUGGCCACGCAGGUGCCCACCUUCGAGAUCACCUCCCCGAACUCGGCGCACGCCGUGUCCCUGCCGCCGGCGGCCCCCAUCAGCUUCCGCGUGGAGGAGCAGCAGCCCCUCCUGCGGCGGUACCAGCUCCCCUUCCAGGACACGCAGAGGUACGACAGCUACUACCAAAGGAAGACCUACCUAAAUGACAGCAUGGGGAGCCUGCCCUCCAGCCCCUUCCGCAUCACAGAGGACGACGAGUACGAGACGACGCAGGAGUACAUCACAGCGCUAGAGCAGCCAAAGAAAACAGCCAGCAGCAACAGGCGGUGGAAAAAAUCCAAACUGAACGGGCACAUCCCUCACAGAGCCAGAGCCGUCCGGGACUCCUUCUCCUUGAGCAGCGCCUCUUACAGCGAGUCUGACGAGGAGCUGGUGGCCGAGAGCACCCCGUUCCUAAGCACUCAGAACAAUGAGGCGGCGCACACAGAGUCGCCGCCGCUGCACCGGCCGGGCGACAGCCGGACUCACUACUCGUGCCGCGGGCACGUGGCGCACGGCGACGGCGGCCGCGGCAGCCUGGCGCACGUGGCGCCCAAAGCGGACCCCAACCCUCUCUAGGCGCCUCCCGCGCUCCUGCAUGGGUGACCCGCAUGGAGGAGGCCGAGAGGAGGGGGGCCGAGGCGAGACAAAACCACACAAACCGCAAAACGAGACAAAACAAAAAUAAAUAUUUUUAUUUUAUAUAAAAGAGGGAAAAACAAAAAAUAUAACAAAUAAAAAUGUUUUAUUUUCAUUUUAGCAAAGUUGUCUUAUAAUAGCUAACGACAAUGACUUUUUUAUAGGGAAUCUCUAUUUAUAUGUAAUGUCUUGAUUUACAGCUUCCGAGAAAAAAAACUAAAAAAAAAAAAAAAAGAAGAAGAAAAGAAAACAAACAAUAAAGUUAAAAAAAAAGUGGGCCAAUUUUUGACUACUUAAAAAUAGAAAACAAAACUAUCGUGGUGCCUUUUGCUGUAUGCUAGUGCUGGGAUUCAUGCCGAGGAUUCUGUUUCAGUAGCAUUUUUAAGGUCAUAGAUUUUUGUUUGGGAGACAACCUGUCACAAGGGCGCUCUUCUGUUGGAAGAAAACAGCCUUGUCACUUUGCCCCGUACCCUGCUAUUAAUGAUCUUAUUCUUUAAAGUAUUGUUUAAACACACAUUAAGGACAUGAGUGGGAGCAUUUCCAUUAUCAUGUCUAACGAGGAUCUGUCUUGCCCUGUAAACUACUUGUAUUUUUGCUUAAAUCAGGAGAAAAAGAAACCCAACAGCACUGUGCUGAAAUGCAGAAAUAACUUUUCUUUUGCCACACAGGAAGGAAGAGAAAAUGAAAUUGCGCAGCAGCAGCAGCCCUUACAAUAUAGCUCUCAACCUUUGGCCAUCUCACCGGUGGGUCUGGAGUGGGGUUGGCACAGGUUUGUAGUGAGGCCAGGCAGACACCCCUGUGCCCAUGGUGGAUCACACCCGUCACGUACCCUUGAAUCCGGGUCGCUGAGCCAGCCCUGUUCAGCCGCGGUGCCCGAGGCCUCGUGGCCGCCCCAGCGCCGUGCUGGCCGCGGUGUCCCCUCGGCUGAGCGGUGCAGCCGCCGUGCGGCGUUGGCCAUGGCCGGAGCUGUGGUGUCCUGCGUGACACCCUUGGCCGGGGUGCCGGGGGACACCCACAGGGUGGUCCCAUGGCGCAGAGGCCGCGUGUCACCCUGGACACGGAGCCAGGCGGUCGCCAGCCGUGCUGGCCCAGGGGUUGGAAGGACCGCGAGCGCUUCGGGCUCUGCUCAUGGCCGCUGCCUUGGCCGGGCAGGGCCCUGCGCGGGCGGCCCAGCGAGCGGAUUCUCCCGUACGGCCGUGCCACGUGUUGUAAAGACAGUUGUUACCGUCACGUCCCGCCAUCGAUGACGGACGUCGCGUCCCCAAACUCGGAGCAGCUCUGGCCAUCGGCUCUGUGGCGCAAAGAGACAGUCCUGCGUGUCCAGGCGGCAGAGCAUCCCCCGUGGAAGUGCCCCCCUCUCCUCAGUUCUCUGCAGCAAACCUGUUUACAUUGUAGCCUGACUUUUUUCUUUUUAUAUUUUUACUUCUGCAUGUCCUUUGCAUUUCAGAUACUGUAGAUUGGAUGCAUGGUGAAGCUGUGACUGAGAAGAUAAUACAACAAUUGACAGUGUAUUAUUUCAUUUAACUUUUAGCAAUAAAGUAACUAAACCCUCUAUUCCUCACCCAUGAUGGGGUCAGAUAGAAAACUCUGCUAAUUUGUCAUAAGAUGAUUGUCAAAGUUUGCUCUGGAUUGUCUGAAUGUCAGAACUCUUGACUGUUUAACACUUGAACAUUUUUUAUAUUAUAAAUAAAAUAAGAAAUAACAA